AUGUUAAGAAUCGCUAAUACAGUAAAAUCUUCAUUACAAUAUGUGCCAUUGAAACAAAUCAACAUCGAAUCAAUAAUUCGUUCAUUUGCUGCCGAUGUUACCAUAACACAAAUAUUUCGAAACGAUGAAUCUAAAUCCAUUGAAACCAUUUAUUCUUUUCCUAUUGAAGAACAAGCAGCUAUCUAUAAAUUUACCGCUCGUAUUGACAAUCGUGAAAUAAUUGCACAAUUAAAAGAAAAACGAGAACUACAAAUCGAAUACAAUCAUGUUUUGGAACAAUCGCAAGGUGCUUAUCGAUUAGAACAAGAUGAACAAUCACAAGAUACAUUUAUGAUUAAUGUUGGCGUUUUACCUUCGUCGAAAGAAUGCAUAAUAACUAUAUCCUACGUUACAGAAUUAGAUCUCAUUCAAGGAUCAAUCAUUCGUUUUGUUGUUCCAACAACAAUUGCAGCGCGAUAUAGUCCGAAGAAAAAAUCAAAAUACGUUCAAUCUCUGCCAUAUCAAAUAGAAGUUCGAUGUCGAAUCGAAAAAAUGUAUGGACCAAAUCAGCAACAAUAUAUAUCUCGAUUAAAUUCUCCGUCACAUCCCAUUGAAAUUGACCUUUCGCUACAAGAUGCUUAUAUAGUUACAUACACACAAUCAAAUGCCUAUUUAGAUCGUGACAUUAUUUUGGAUGUACAACUCUCUGACGUACGGGCAAAUACAUUUAUGGUUGUUGAGUCCGAUGCUGCUAUGGCAGCAGUAACACCCUUCGAACAAGAUUGCUAUUUAACAGUAGAUAGUCAACAAACAAAUGAAUUUAUUUUUAUUGUGGAUUGCAGUGGAUCAAUGAUCAAUCAAAAUAAAAUUGGACUAGCCCGUGAUGCAAUGUUAUUUUUUAUUGAACAUCUUCCGAAAAAUUGCUAUUUUAAUAUUAUUAAAUUUGGCGCAAUUUAUGAUUGUCUUUUUAGUCAAUCGACUGUUCCUUAUAAUAAUGUCCAUAUUCGCAUUGCAGAAAAAUUUAUCAAUGAAAUUCAAGGAAACUUAGGUGGUACAGAAAUACUUGCACCUUUACAAUGGCUUGAACGUCAUCCACCUCGAGUUGGUCGUGCUCGUCAAGUAUUUCUUCUAACGGAUGGUCAAGUGGCAAAUGUAUCCGAAAUAUUAGAAUUAUGCCGUUCAAUGGCAACAUCAACACGAAUAUUUUCAUUUGGUUUGGGUGGAUCGCCGAGUCGAUCGCUUAUAAAAGGCCUUGCACGAACAACAAACGGACGAUGUAUAUUUAUUCCACCGAAUACUCGUAUCGACAUCUAUGUUAAGGAACAAUUAGAAAAGGCAAUUCAACAAUGUAUAACAAAUAUUCGUAUUCAAUGGAAUCUUGGAAUUCCUAUAGAAACUGUUCCAAAUCGAUUAGCACCAGCCUAUUUAAAUGAUCGUCUAAUCAUCUAUGCUCUAACAAAUGGUCAGAAGAUUGAAUUAAAUUCAAAAUCUUCUAUUGAAAUUCGAAGUGACCAAAGCUACUAUCGUUUAGGUAUAGCCGAUGCCGAUCGAAUAACAAAUAAUACCCAAAUGAUUGCACGUCUUGCCGCUAAAGCAUUGAUACUCGAAUUAGAACAUUGUAAAAUACCCCGACGAAAUUUCAAGCAAGUACGAUUUGAAAAUAUCGAUGAUCAAUCUACUCGAACAAAAGAAAAUUCUAAACAACGUAUUAUUGAUUUAUCCUUACGAUAUAACAUUCUCAGUUCGUACACAACUUUUAUUGGCAUUGAAAAAAAUCUGAAUAAUAGUAAUAAUUUACGCGAAGUACCAAUACAAAUAUCAAUGACGAAUCAAAAAUUUCAGUCGGCUAAUUCAAAAUUUGAAAACAUUUUAUCUGACAUGCACGAUGCGAAUAAAUAUUCUUCACUAACAUCUAUAAAUCCACGUUUUGAAGAGACAGAAGUAGCAUGCGCGGAAAGAUCAAACGAGCCUUCACUAACGAAGCUGAGUACAUUAACCCAUAAUAAAUGUCAAAGUUAUUAUGAAGAGCAUGCUAAAUCCAAUCGUAUGUCAUUGAGCACGACUGACGAAAGUGGUUCUUUAACUUUAUUAAAUAAAAAGGAAUUGCGGUCAUUGGGUCAUAAAAAUCGCGUACAGUAUUUAAUAAAUAAACAACAAUCGGACGGUCUUUGGAAUUUCGAUGCAAACAGAAAAACAAUAAAUGAUUUAACAGGAAAACCUUUGGCCAUGUUUCAGUCGUCUGAAAUAAAUGGUAAUACUCAAAUCCUUGUUACAGCAAUUGUUAUUAUAUUAUUCGAAGUAAAAUUCAUGGAGUUUCGUUCACUCUGGGAAGAUGCUGCAGAUAAAGCACGUCAACGUUUAAUAACUUUAUUAAAUAAUGAUUGGAAACAAUUAGUUACUUUAUUCCGACAUAUUAGAGUCACAUUAGAUCGAUAA